UUCUCGUCGUCAUUUAUUUGAGCGCGUAUUCAGUGAAGAUCCAUUCACAUGUGUAUCUCGUUAUGUUUUCGUUCGUCGGAAUUUCGCGAGGAAACGUCGUGGGUGCAAAUUAUUGACGUAUAUCGGUGCAUUUUUCUUAUUUUUCUCUGCGAAAAGAAGAAAAAUAAAAAUAUAAAGAGGCAUUAUUAAUUGACUUGUGCCAAGAUCGUGGAAUUUCACCCGGCAUCCGAUAAAAUGACCAGGUCGAAAAUAGAAUUAGGCGAUGUGACUCCGCACAACAUAAAGCAGCUGAAAUUGCUCAAUCAAGUCGUGUUCCCGGUCUCAUAUAACGAAAAGUUUUAUAAGGAUGUAUUGGAAGCGGGAGAACUUGCCAAACUAGCAUAUUACAAUGACAUAGUGGUUGGAGCAGUUUGCUGCCGUGUAGAUACUUCAGAAAAUUCUAGGCGUUUAUAUAUAAUGACAUUGGGUUGUCUCUACCCUUACAGAAGAUUAGGAAUUGGUACUGUUAUGGUCCAACACGUUUUAAAUUAUGUUAAUAAGGAUGGCAAUUUUGAUUCUAUCUUCCUACAUGUUCAGAUAAGCAAUGAAGGCGCGAUUGACUUUUAUAAAAAAUUUGGAUUCGAGAUUGUCGAAACUAAAGAACAUUAUUACAAGAGAAUAGAACCAGCAGACGCACACGUGUUGCAAAAGACAUUGCGUCCUCGAGCUAAUCAAACGAAUCAUCAAACUGUCAACUAAUAAGUAGCAUCUUUCAUUAAUUUAUCUUAUAAUUUAAAAUUUAACAUACGUUUCCAUGUUCUAUCAAUAAAGUCAUUUAUAUUA